UGUGCGUCAAUUGUUGUUACGAAGGGGGAGUGCAACGACGACAACUCGAACAGGCUUGCAUCAGAACAAGAGAGAACUGUUCAUAUCCACUCGCUGUGUAGAGAUAAUGGAUCCUGAAAACGAUUCACAUGACGAGGAGACUUUUGGCAGGGAGAGUAAUGGUAAGCGUUCUGCUGAGGAUAUGGAUGAGGACAAACCCCAUAAGCGCUCCAGAAACUCUGAUGACAUGGUGGAACUCAGAAUUCUGCUACAGAGCAAAAAUGCUGGAGCAGUAAUUGGAAAGGGUGGGAAGAACAUUAAAGCUCUGCGCACAGAUUACAAUGCCACUGUGUCAGUCCCAGACAGCAGUGGGCCCGAGCGAAUCCUCAGUGUCAAUGCUGAUAUUCCCACGGUUGCAGAAAUAUUGCUGAGGAUCAUACCUACUCUGGAAGAGCAGUAUCAGCAUCACAGGGGUGUAGAUUUUGACUGUGAACUGAGGCUGCUCAUCCACCAGAGUCUAGCCGGAAGCAUCAUUGGUGUCAAGGGAGCGAAGAUUAAAGAACUUCGUGAGAGCACCCAGACCACCAUCAAACUCUUCCAGGAGUGCUGUCCUCAGUCGACUGACCGUGUGGUGCUCAUUGGGGGGAAAGCAGAGCGUGUGGUGGAGUGCAUUAAGACCAUGCUAGAGCUUAUUGUAGAGGCUCCCAUUAAAGGUCGUGCUCAGCCGUAUGACCCCAACUUUUACGACGAGACGUAUGACUACGGCGGCUUCACCACCAUGUACGAAGAACGAGGGCGUCGGCCUGGUGGAGGCUUUGGCUCAAGAGGACGUGGCGGCGGAGGUGGAUUUGACCGUAUGCCCCAUAGCGGAGGGCGCGGGGGCCACCACAUGGCACCAAAUAGGAGAGACUAUGAUGACAUGAGCCCACGCCGGGGCCCCCCUCCACCUCAGAGAGGAGGAGGGAGAGGAGGGGGCCGUCCUCCUCGAAAUAUGCCUAUGGGAGCACCCCACCACAGAAGAAGUGAUGAUCAGUACUCAUAUAGCUCACAUCGUGGACACAUGGAGGAGAGACGACAUGGUGAGAGAAGAGGACGCAGUGAUCGUUAUGGAGGCAGCAUGAAUGAUGGAGGAUAUGACAAUAAUUCAUCUUGGGAUUCCUAUCAGUCUGGUGGUGGAAGAGGAAACUACAGCGAUAUGGGAGGUCCUGUUAUCACCACACAAGUGACAAUUCCUAAAGAUCUGGCAGGAUCGAUCAUCGGUAAAGGGGGUCAGAGGAUCAAACAGAUUCGUCAUGAGUCUGGAGCAUCAAUCAAAAUUGACGAGCCACUUCAAGGUUCAGAAGAUCGCAUCAUCACCAUCACAGGAACCCAAGACCAGAUACAGAACGCCCAGUAUCUGUUACAGAACAGUGCUCUACACCUGUUGGGACGCCAAAGCUAAACAGCCACCUUUCUCAGGAUAUCCAUCCAAUUGCAGCUCAAAUCCUUGCCACCACGUGAUGGCUUCUUCUUCUGUCAACUUUUUAGAAAUCCCUCUUAGAAUUAUAUGAGCUUGAACCCUCUGGUUAUUCUUGUGGAUUUGAUUUCUUUUGAUUUGUUUUUAUAUAACUUCAUUUUAUACGGGCCAACUUUCAUGUACAUCACACAACCACUUCGCAUUGGAUAAGUAAGCUGCUUUCAGAUAUUUUGUGGGAGUGUUGGGGGGUUAAGUUUUUUUUUUUCCAAUUCUGAAAUGUCCAGAAUGUACGUUUUCGCAUAUGUACACCCCAGAGUUUGUAUUGCGUUUAGCGUUGAGUAAGGUAAGAAAUGACAUGUAAAUAUCCAACACAGCUAUGGAAAAUUGAUUUAUAUGGACAUGAAUAUAUAUCUUCAGAGUCUCUCCUCCAUGUGUGUGUGCUGUUUGUUUUUUCUCCUCAGAAAUACAAAUAUUUUUACCACAUGCUGAAAACUUUCAGUACUUUUUUUUUUUUGUAAGGUUUAUUGAUCUGUGUUCUGGGAUUUUAAUCUAGUCUUCAAGAUAUUCACUCUACCUCUGGUUUUACUGUAGGUCUGCCUCCCCACAAACAUCAGAUUUUUAACCAACAGUGGUUUUCCAGUUGAACUUUUAGACCAGUUUGUGUCAGACAACACCCUACCUUUGUUCAUUUUAUUUUUCUUUUUUUACUCAAAUUGUCUAUAAAGUUCUUCAACCAGACACAUUUGUAGAGUUUGUCAUUGUCUGAAAUAAAGAAAAUGCCAUUUUUUCA